GGCUGUGUAUAGUAGUGGCCAGACGCCUUGCUCUAUUAGUGCCACAGAUACAUUCCUGCUAUUAGCACUGGAGCUCAGCAGAGAUGAUCCACAGUCUGUUCUUGGUCAACCCUUCAGGGGACAUCUUCCUGGAGAAGCACUGGAAGAGCGUGGUCAGCCGGUCGGUGUGUGACUACUUCCUGGAGGCCAGAGAGAAGGCUCUGGAUCCGGAGGACGUUCCACCUGUCAUAUCCACCCCACAUCACUACCUCAUCAGCAUCUACAGGGACAAACUGUUCUUCCUGUCUGUCAUUCAGACUGAGGUUCCUCCACUCUUUGUCAUCGAGUUCCUCCACCGAGUCGCAGAGAUGAUUCAGGACUACUUUGGGGAGUGCUCGGAGACAGUCAUCAAGGACAACGUGGUGAUGGUAUAUGAGUUGCUGGAAGAGAUGCUUGACAACGGGUUCCCCCUAGCAACCGAAUCUAAUGUCCUCAAAGAGAUGAUCCGACCACCGACCAUCCUACGGUCUGUUGUUAACACUCUGACAGGGAGCAGUAACGUUGGAGACAAGUUGCCAACUGGUCAGCUGUCGACCAUCCCGUGGAGGCGGGCCGGAGUGAAGUACACCAACAACGAAGCUUACUUUGAUGUGGUGGAGGAGAUUGACGCCAUCCUCGACAGAACCGGUACAACAGUGUUUGCAGAGAUCCAGGGAGUGGUUGAGGCUUGUGUGAAGCUUUCUGGGAUGCCUGACCUCACACUGUCUUUCAUGAAUCCUCGUCUCCUUGACGAUGUAAGUUUCCACCCAUGUGUUCGCUACAAACGCUGGGAGUCUGAGCGGGUGCUCUCCUUCAUUCCUCCCGAUGGCAACUUCACUCUCAUGACCUAUCACGUCAACGCACAGAACCUUGUAGCCAUCCCAGUGUACGUGAAACACAGCAUCAACUUCUUCGAGAGCGGCUCUGGUGGUCGCCUGGACUUGACAGUCGGACCGAAGCAGACCAUGGGGAAGACGGUUGAGGGGGUGUUGGUCACGGUCCACAUGCCCAAAACGGUCCUCAGCGUCAGUCUGAACGCUACGCAGGGGAGUUACACGUACGACAAUGCUACAAAGGUGUUGGUGUGGGACAUUGGCAAGUUGAACCCCCAGAAGCUUCCUAACUUGCGAGGCAGUUUGAGUCUGCAGACCGGAGCCCCCAAACCAGAGGAGAACCCGAGUUUGAACAUCGAUCUGAAGAUACAGCAGCUAGCCAUUUCAGGACUGAAGGUGAACAGGCUGGACAUGUUUGGGGAGAAGUACAAGCCUUUUAAAGGGGUCAAAUACAUCACCAAGGCAGGAAAGUUCCAGGUGCGGAUGUAAAGAGUGACUCCUAAAGAUCAUAGGUCUCUUAGCCAAUACGCCAAGUGCUCUCAAUCUGUAGUUCCUAGCUGCAAAGGUCCAUCACGGCCAAUGUCUGAAACUCGUAAAUAGGGUCCACAGCGCAGCGGACGACUUUGCCUCUGCAACAGCUAACUCUGAAUCGAGCUACAUGCCCAAUGUUGCCUCUUACCUUAUGCCUUUUCAUGUGCCUCCACCCCCACUGUGUUUCGGGACACAGCCUGUAUUCAGAAUGCGUUGAUUAUUGAAAUAUUUGAAUGGAAUGGUUCAAUGAAAGGGAACUGUUCUGCACAAUCAGCCAAUUGUUUUUCCUGUUUUACUAGAGAAAAUUAUUCCAUUAUUCCUCGGAUUUGAUACUAUUACAGUUCUGUCAUUACUAUUGUGUUACUACACAACACACACCCUUUGGAAAAUGCAUUUUGCACCUGCUUGUUUCCAGAAUUGAAUCACUCCCAGACAAUCUCCCUGUGUUAAAGCACACCUUUAUAUAGGGACAGUACUCUCUCUCACUUUUGUAUCUAUUUUUGUCUCUAAGCAGGUAAAGAUGUAAUGUCUGUUUUAUAUGAAAUGUAUAUAUGGAAAAUGUUUUACCUUACUAAUCCUCUAAUGCUGAGAAACCUUGAAAAAGAGGGGACUGUUACUUGGAUAUUGCUAUGUGUCUGUUAAUUUACAGGCUAAUAUUGACUGCAGCAAUGAAUAAUGUUAAUGUCUUGAUAAUGUAUUGGUCAGUAAGGUAAUAAUGUGAAUAUAGUUUAACAUGUGUUUGUUAUUAAAUAGGCUAACACUCACUGCAGCGAAAAAUAAAUAUAUGUGAAGGCAAUACAGCAAGAAAUGUCCCACCCUCAUCGGUGCCUUUUGGGUUAACACUGUAACCAUUGUCAUGUACAGCACAUCAUGCUUGAUACAAAUGGGGCUAGAGUAGAAGUUAGGGUUGAACUUGUCUGGUUAGCAGACACUUCUGCCAUUUGUUCAAAGUAUCUUGUGGAUGCUCAUGGCCAUUGUUAACAAUCAUUGAGACCCACAGAAUCAGUUGUAAAAUAUCCAUUAGGUCAAUCAGCUCAAUCUACUGGCAAAACCUUUGCCAUGAAGCUCCAAAGUUCAGAUGCCUUUCUGAGUCAUAUUAUCCUCCUUGAGAUUGGAGCAAUGUCUCUCAAAUGUAAUUGCUUUGACAUGAUUUAGAAUGACCCACAUCUGUCUAUAUAAGGUUGCACACUUCACAGUGCAUGUCAGAGAAGAAACAAAGCAAUGUCCGAGGAGCUCUCCACAGAGGAUUGUAUAGAGGCCAAAGUUCCCAGAACACAUUGGUCACCAUCAUAGUGAAAUGGAAGAACUUUGAAAUCACCUACAGUAGUGGUGGCUGUCCUGCCAAACGAAGUAACCAGGUCCUUGGUCAGGGAGGUGACAAAGAAUCCAAAGGCCACACUAACAGAGAGUCAGAGUGUCUGCAGAGAUGGGAGAACCUGCCUGGGGGACAACCAUCUGCAGCACUCCAUGAAUCAGGCCUUUAUGGUAGAGUGGCUAGACAGAAGCAACUCCUGUGUAAAAGGCAUAUAACAUGCCACAUAAAAGACUCACAUGAAGGAUUUCCUGGUUUGAUGACACCAAAAACAAACUAAUAUACCUGAAUGCCAAGCACUACAUUUGGCAAAACAAGGUAUCUUUCAUCACUUGGUUAAUGCCAUCCCUAUGGCAAAGUGUGGUAGGAGCCUCAUAUCAUCUCAGAAGCAGGAUCUUGUAAACUGGUCAGGAUUGAAGGAAGGAUGAAUACAGUACAACACAGGGAGGUCCUUGAUGUAAACCUAAAAAAUCAUCCAAUCUUAACAGCUUGAGAGGAUCUGUGAGGAUGAAGGAGAAAAUCCAGAAUCCUGGUGUGCAAAUCUGAAAGGCAUACCCAAAAGGAUUCUCAGCUGUGAUUGCUACCAGUGGCUCCUCUAUAAUGUACAAAGGGUCUGAAUACUUAUGUACAUGACCUACAAUAUAUCAUUUAUUUUCUCCAAUAAAAUUGGCACAAAUUUCUAAGAAUGUGUUU